AAAAAAAAUCAUGGCCGCCGCCGCCGCAUCUGCCGCUGCCGCCGUCGUUUCCCUCCGAUCAAGUUACAACAGAAGCUCCGGCAGCAACAGCAGCCAUGAAAACAAUUUCACUUACUCUUACAUUACUCCUAUCCAUUUGCUAUCAUCAGUUUCCCGUGUACAUAGUCGGGUAGAUUGGAACAAUUUCAUUCAAUACCUUCGCAAACAACAUCCGACAAUCAUACCUAGCCAGUGUGACCGAACCCACAUUCUAGGAUAUUUCCAAUACAUCGACAAUAACGGGAUAUUCAACUGUCAUUCAAGAGAUUGUUCUUUCAUCGGACAACCAUUGUUUCAUACAUCGGAAUGUUUAUGUUUGAUCCGUUAUUGGGAUGAUAUUGAGGCACUUAUAAGGCGUCUUGGCGUGGCUUUUAAGGAGACAUUUGGGGAUGAUGAGUGGAACCCUUUUAAGGACUUGGAUCUUGUGAGUGAGUUGAAGAAGUUUCAAUUUCGAGUUAAUUAUGUAAAGGAUCCAAGGAUGUUUAAUGUUUUGGGUCAUGUUUCCCCUCCUUCUACAUCUCCUCCUCGUCCUCGUGGUGGUUAUCGGGCGUGGAAUUGUUUCUCGUUUAGAUCCUCUAAAGGGUGAAUUCAAACAUUAUUAUUAUGUAAGCUCUGUUUUUCAUCAUCUUUAAUAACCUAAUCUUUGUUGCCACUAAAUUACUUGUUGAUUUGAAAACAUGAACUUAUUCUUACAAAGUUAUAAGUGAUUGCGUUCAAAUAGACCACUAAAAAUUUAGAAAUUGAAUUU